UCAGCGUUAACCAGGUGACGGCAUCCUGCGCUGCUCCUUGACAUCGGUUUGUGACUGGUGCUGCGAACGGGUGCAUCGAAAGCGUCCUGCGCCACAAUGAGACCCGCAGUCUUCUUGCUGAGCUUGUUCUACUGCUCAGCAUUGGCGUCUGAAAGCAAGUUGAUAGCGUCGACAUCCCAGGGGCAGCUGAUAGGCAAAACGGAAAGAUUCAACGGAAAUGCGGUGGAGGCAUAUCUGGGGAUCCCCUAUGCACAGCCCCCUGUGGGAAAGCUGCGAUUCCGCAAGCCCGCUCCUCUGGACUCGUGGAAUGGAACGUACGACGCGAGCAGAGCCAAACAUUCCUGCAUACAAACCUUGUACCCCAUUAUCUUUCACAUAGAAACAGACCUCUCGGAAGACUGCCUUUACUUGAAUGUUUGGACUCCGAGCAAACAGGGGCCCCGCAAGCCCGUCUUGGUUUGGAUCCAUGGCGGGGCUUUCAAGUUCGGCUCUUCUCACGAGCGCUGGUACAACGGUGCGGCACUUGCCUCCCUGAACAAUGUCGUUGUAGUGUCCCUAAACUACAGACUCGGCGUGUUCGGCUUCUUCAACUCCGGUGACGAAGAAGCCCCAGGAAACGUGGGCCUCUGGGACCAGAAUGAGGCCCUCAAGUGGAUCCGUAAGAACAUCGGGAAUUUCGGCGGGAACCCCGACCUGGUCACACUGUUCGGAGAGAGCGCCGGGAGCAUGAGUGUACACGCCCACAUGCUGUCUCCGCAUAGCAAGGGACUCUUCAGGCGAGCCUUUAUGCUCAGUGGCACGCUGAGCUACAACUUGCCAGUAGAAAGCGUGUCCGAGAGCGUUCAGAGAGGCAACGUGGUGGCCCGGAUUCUAGGCUGCACUGGCUCGCGCGCGGCUCAGUUGCGGUGUCUGCGCACAAAGGGUGCCGAGGACCUGCAUAAGGCAGCCGAGGAAGCUGCCAGCAACAGGAUCGUCACUUUCUUCCCAACGUCCAAAUCCGAGUUCCUGCCGGUGCUUCCUUCUCGCGCGGCUGCGACGAAAGACUACGACCCGGUCGACGCUCUCGUCAGCGUCACGGAGGACGAAGGCGCCUUUGCGGCCAUAUUCCAACCGGAGAAUAGGCUCUGGGAACAGGAGCUCUCUCAGCUGGAUGAUGAGGCCUUAAAAAAGACCAUCCAACUCCUCGUUCAAGUGUGGAGCCAGGACAAAGUGCUCCCCAUAGGCGUGGCGUACAUCGACAGAGCGGCUUCAAAUGGCAAGCAGGCUGUAAGGAAAGCACUAAUAGAUUAUGCGGGAGAUGCUUACUUCAAGUGUCCCUCAAUGGCGUUCAGCCGAAAGCACUCUCAGGGCGGAGGCAAGGUGUACGCCUUCGUGUUCGGCUACCGGUCCGACAAGUACGAAUUCCCCGCGUUCUUCGGAGUGCCGCACACGAGUGAUAUUCCGUACUACAUGGGAGGCCCUUUCCUGGACGCAGAAAAGUACACGGACAAAGACCGAGAAGUCAGCAGGAAAACCAUGGACAUGUUGGUGUCAUUCGCAAAAACAGGGAAGCCGGCGCACCCUGGUGGGCUCUCGUGGCCGGCGUUCAGCGAAAAGGAGCCCAUCUUCCAGUGGAUUCAACCCGGAAAUUACACGCAGGUCAAAGACCUUUCUGAAGGAAGAUGCGAACAGUUCAAAAAGCUACUUUAAUUCCUUGCUUCUUUGGUCUUCCUGCGCAACCAGGGUCAGCCGCCGCGGUAGUCGUCCAUUGGCUAUGGCGUAGCGCUGCUGAGCUCGAGGUCCCGGGUUUGGUCCCAGCUGCAUUCCUAUGGUAGCGGGAUGCAAAGAGGCUUGUCUACAGUGCAUUGGUUGCAGGUUAAAGAUCCUCAGGUAGUCACAAAUCAUACGCAGUCGCCCAGUACGGCGUGCCUCAUAAUCAUAUCAUGCUUUCGGCACGUAAGACCCCAGAAUGUAAUUUCUUAAAGCACGAGCCAACUUGAGAGCGCUAUGCUAUGCUCCCUGCUUCGCGCAAGGUGAGUCAUACUUGUUUCAAUGGUUCCGAGACAACUGUCUUGCAUCAAAAUAGUCAUUUAAUUGCGUUGGCUAUCAGUGUGUCGCGUAUGUUUGUGUGCUGGUGUAAGUAGGUGGCGUUCAAGUUGAAGCUACGACAUCCUAAGUUAGACCGAAACCAAUCGCGAAGGUCGGGCUUCUGCGUGCUAUGGGCCCCAGAAGCGGCGCUAUAGGAACGCUAAGUUCUGAACACUACCAACAGAGAACUGCGUUUUCACUGAAUUUUUUUUUAAAAAGAAGAUAUAGCGUUUACCACUGCUGUGUGUUUCGAAUUUUGCAGAACGUUCUGUUUUUUUUUUUUUUUUUGGCUCUAUCGUGUAAUACGACAUCUGAUAC